UUUAAAACGAUAGAUACUACAAAAAUUGACAAGUCUUCCAUCCCAAUGGACUCUGCCAGGAGGAGUGCACAUGCAAUGGCAAGGUGAAGUGUGUGAAGUUCAGCUGUGGCCCCAUGACAAGUGUGAGGUGAAGAAUGGUGUCAGGGCUUGCCAGGCUGUUGGAAAGGGAGUCUGCACUAUCUCAGGCGACCCACAUUACAACACCUUUGACAACAGCACCUAUGACUUCCAAGGCACCUGCACCUACACUGCAGAUCAAGGCUGCCAUCUAGAGGGCACACACCUCAAGCCCUUCUCUGUGGUGGUGGAGAACGAGAAGUGGUACGGCAUGUCAAACCAUCCAAACGUAUCCGUUGCCAAGCUUGUGGCUGUAGAAGUCUAUGGUAACACCAUGGUUCUAAGGAAGAAUCAAGCGGGAAUGAUAAUGGUAAAUGGAAUUAUGAUGAGCCUCCCUGUGACUCUAAACAACGGAGCAGUGCAGGCCUACCAAGAGGGCACCUAUGAUGUCAUCACAACAGACUUCGGCCUGAGAGUCACCUAUGACCUUGUAUACCACCUCAUUGUCACCGUCCCUGGCAACUACAGGGACAAGACCUGUGGUCUGUGUGGCAAUUUAAACGACAACAAGAAUGAUGAGUUCCAACUGCCUGAUGGGAAUAUAACCAAGGACCUCAUGACCUUUGGGGCAGCCUGGAAGAUCAGUGUGCCGCAUGUGGUUUGUGAGGACGGCUGCAGCGGAGAAUUCUGCCAAGUGUGACGCUAAGAAUAAAACCAUAUUUGAGGCCGACUGUAGUCUCAUCACAAACCCUAAAGGUCCCUUUGCCUCCUGCCACAAUGUGAUAGACUCCGCCUCUUACUUCAGAGAUUGUGUCUAUGAUGUCUGCUUAUCUGAGGGAGACCGUAAGGUUCUCUGUGACAGCAUAUCAGCAUACAUGAUCGACUGUCAGGACUUUGGGGUGAACAUCAGUAACUGGAGAACACCAACCUUCUGUCCCCUGGACUGUCCUGCCAACAGCCACUACUAGACCUGCUCUGAGAUCUGUGCCACCCCAUGUCCCGGCCUCUCUGACAUUAUCACCUGCCCCACCACCUGUGCGAGGGCUGUGCAUACAAUGCAGACUACUACUUCAAUGGGACAGGCUGUGUUAAGUGGGACCUGUGCAGCUGUUACCACAAAUGACGCACC